AACUCGACAACAAAAUUGAGAAAACCAUCCUGGUAUUCGAAAAACCAGGCAUAAGAUGAUCCAAAUCUCACACAUACGUUUUCCGUUUUCAUUACCAAAUUGAACACCCACCAACACUACUGGUGUCUACAAUUCAUCCAUUAUUAUCUCUCCUGAAUAUAUAUGGUCGGAGGUUGCUAAAAAAUAAGGAACAUGGGAAGGGGCAGGGUUCAGUUGAAGAGGAUUGAGAAUAAAAUCAAUCGUCAAGUAACGUUUUCCAAAAGAAGAAUCGGUUUGUUAAAGAAAGCUCAUGAGAUUUCUGUUCUUUGUGAUGCUGAUACUGCUGUUAUUAUCUUUUCUACUAAAGGCAAGCUGUUUGAGUAUGCUACUGAUUCUUGCAUGGAGAGGAUACUGGUGCGCUAUGAAAGGUAUUCCUAUGCAGAGAAACAGCAAACUGCUCUUGAUCCUGAAGCUAAUGUAAACUGGUCUCUUGAGCAGGCAAAGCUUAAGGCUAGGCUGGAGAUUCUGCAGAAAAAUCAGAGGCAUUACGUUGGAGAAGAUCUUGAUAACUUAAGCUUGAAGGAACUUCAGAAUUUAGAGCAUCAGCUUGACACUGCUCUUAAACACAUCAGGACUAAAAAAAACCAACUGAUGCAUGAAUCAAUAUCUCAACUCCAAAAGAAGGUGAAGGAAAGAGAGAAGGCAUUAGCUAAGAAGACACAAAUAGAUCAGCAAAAUCAAGUCCCUAACACUUCUAGCAUCUUAAUACCUCAUGCUUUGCCAUUGAAUAUAGGAGGAACGGGCAGCAGUGCUAUAGAAGAUGAAGCAACGACACAUCGAGCAAAUACAAGCAACACUUCAGCUCUAUACCCCUCCUGGAUGCUGUGCCACAUCCCCGAGCAGUGAGCAGUGAGCAGUGAGCAGUGAGCAAUAAAAAAGAGUCAUCAAAGAAUAUUAUUAUGUGGGCACUUUAGACCAAUAUUAUGAUUUUAUGCAUAAGGGUAAACAAAGUAUAAGAUGUUUUGUAUAUGUUGUAACUUAUAUGCAUCGCUAUGAGUGCCAUUAUGGAUAGGAGCUACUCUUGUUUAUCGGUGAGAUGAGCUCAAACAAAAAGUAAAUAUGCUGAUAAUUUGUAUUUAUUGGACACUUGGACUAUUUAACUUAUGUAUAAUACGCGUCUGACGAUGAGACCGUCUCAUACAAGAAUUUGUGUUUGAUAGACUUGUGGGAGUAUCGUUGUAUACCAUGUGAUCCAUGAGUAUGGGCGUAAGGUAAUGGAUUUACCCUUAAUAAAUUAAUAUUCACUGUUUGAUAC